UACUACUACUACUACUAUUACUACUACUACUACUACUGCUGCUACUACUACUGCUGCUACUACUACUGCUGCUACUACUACUACUACUACUACUGCUACUACUGCUACUGCUGCUGUCAGAUAACUUGAAAAAGACAAGUUUUGAACGUAGUCAGCAGUCAGUCAGCAUGAGGGUUGUCUGGGUAUCCUCGGCGGUGCUGGUGCUGGUGCUGAGCCUCCUGACCCCCAGCAGGACACACUCCCCGGUAUAUGUUCCUAAUUUGCCUACAUUACCUUCAAGAACCACCACUACCACCACCAACCCCACCACUACCACCACCACCACUACCACCCCCACCACUACCACCACCACCACCCCCCCCACCACUACCACCCCCACCACUACCACCACCACCCCCAUCGGGACAGACAGCUCCACUUCGUCUUCACUCAGCGAGGUGGAGGUCUACCGGGAAACUAAAGAGGAACUGGAUCUGAUUAGCGAGGUCCUGGACAACUUCGCCAAUCUCAUAAGUACGCGCAGUGGGCGGAGUGUCCGAAGCGCCCGUGAACAUCCAGCCUUUUGGUGGCAGCGCGUGGUUGUGGGUGGGCGGCCCUUGGUGAGUGGCUACGAAUUCUGCAUGACCCCGGGGGCUGACGACCUCUGUAACACCCUGGAAGAGCAGAUGGAGAGAACUGACAACCGGGUGGCGGACCUGCGGGAUGACGUGAACGCCUGGGAGGAGUCUGACCUGGAGGAACUUCGGCAGGAGAGAGAAGGGCUUGAAGUAACGUACGACCGGGCCAGCGACUCCAGUGUGGACUUCGCGGCGACUGUCAACAAGACUGAGUUCAUACUAGCGAUUGACGAUGUGAAACAGGACGUACAGGACUGCCGCGACGUUGUUCAGGAGAAGAUCGACGAGUUGGACCCUCCCGACAACCCCGGCUCAGUGGCCCUGGUGGCUACGAUAGGGGCCAUAGGCGGAGUCAUGAUCUUGGGCAUCUUUGGGGUCAUGAUCUACAGUGCCGCCAAGCAGUCCAAAACCAAGAAGAAGCUGUCAUCCGGUCCCAAGAGUAAGGCGAAGGGAGAGAACAUACCCAUCGAUGCCUACGCCCAGGACGCCCAAGCAGGACCCCGCGCUGCCCCGAGAGUGGACCCCUACAGCCAGCCCCCCGCCCCGGCCCCGCAGCCCCACCACUACGGGCCCCAGUACGACCCCAGACGAGACCCAGGCUUCCCGGAUGCCAUGGGCGGCAGACCCCAGAGAGGACUUCGUAGGACCAACAUGAUAUAAGUUUUUUUCGAAAGGGGGAUUGAAGACGCCUUUUGGAUACGAGGUCUUUGCGUGUUCUUCUUCCUCUUGUUUUUGUUUUGCUGUUUUUGAAAGAAGUGAGUUGCGUUUUUUUUUUUUUUUUUUUUUUUUACUGGUGACGAGUCGGUUUUCAAGUGUUCUUUAUGUUACUUAGUGUUGUAUUCGUAUUUAUUUUGUUGCUUAUUGAGAUUUAGCUUUGGAAUUUCUCUUUUCGGAAUAUUUGGUUCUUGUUCAGUUUACUUUCCUAGUUUUUUUCUAGUUUUUUUUUUUUUGUAUAGAAACUUAACUUGGAAGGUUCGAGUUUAGGAAUAUAGGCUAACUGUUGCGGUCGUGUAUCUUAUUUUGUUUACUGAAAUUUACCUUUGAAUUGUCUACGCUAGGGAUAUCUGAUGCAUCUCCUGUUUGCUUUUGUAUAUAAACACUCAACUUUGAAGGUUCUGUUUUAGGAAUAUAAUUGUUGCAUUCGUCUUUGUCUUUAUUUAUUGAAAUCUAACUUUGAAUACUCUUUUUUUGGCUAUUAUUGUCACAUUCGGCUUUCCCUUUGUUUACAGAAAUUCAGAUAUUAUUCUCCCAUUCGUCUUUGCCUUUGUUUAUUGAAAUCUAACUUUGAAUGCUCUUCUUAGGCUGUUAUUGUCACAUUCGGCUUUCCCUUUGUUUACAGAAAUUCAGAUAUUAUUCUCCCAUUCGUCAUUCCCUUUGUUUAUUGAAAUCUAACUUUGAAUGCUCUUUUUAGGCUGUUAUUGUCACAUUCGUCUUUGCCUUUGUUUACAGAAAUUCAAAUAGUAUUCUCCCAUUCGUCUUUGCCUUUGUUUGUUGAAAUCUAACUUUGAAUGCUCUUCUUAGGCUGUUAUUGUCACAUUCGGCUUUCCCUUUGUUUACAGAAAUUCAGAUAUUAUUCUCCCAUUCGUCAUUCCCUUUGUUUAUUGAAAUCUAACUUUGAAUGCUCUUUUUAGGCUGUUAUUGUCACAUUCGUCUUUGCCUUUGUUUACAGAAAUUCAAAUAGUAUUCUCCCAUUCGUCAUUCCCUUUGUUUAUUGAAAUCUAACUUUGAAUGCUCUUUUUAGGCUGUUAUUGUCACAUUCGUCAUUCCCUUUGUUUACAGAAAUUCAAAUAGUAUUCUCCCAUUCGUCUUUGCCUUCACAAAUCUUCUAGUUUUUUCAUAGCUUCGUAAACAGGCAUCAGUCCACCACGCAGGUCAUAAGCCGCAAAAUUUUUGUAUAUAUCUUUUUCACGCAUAAGCAAUAAACUCUAUGCUGUAUUUUUAUCAUCAAUAUUAUUAUUAUUGUUAUU